GUUCAAGGUCAUUAGUUGUCGUAGCAUCACCACGGUAACUUUUGAAAAAUGCACGAAUGCUUGCGAGCAAAAUGUCAUAUCCUUGGAAGCCCAUAUUGUGGAAAAACGUCAAUUGUUCAAUCAUUUUGUAGUGGUGGCCAGGACUUCUCAAAGAACUACCUUAUGGUAGCUAUAAUUAUUCAAAUAACAUUAAGAACUCCAGUCUAAGACGGUUGAAUUCGCUGUAAAAACAAUGACAAUACCACAAGUGGAUGACAGCAUCGAAUUGUUCUUAUAUAAUAUCCCAGGCAAAGAAGUUUUUCAGGAUCCCAUGAAUCAUUAUAUUAAUAUGACCAACCUUAUCGUUGUUGUUUUCGAUGUAACUAACCAGGAAAGUUUCUCCAGUGCAAAGCUUACCCUGACAGAAUUACGGAAACCUAAUAAUAUACGUAUACCGGUCGUUCUUGUGGGAAAUAAAAUAGACCUUAAAGAGAAGCAUAUCAACAAUGUGGAAGAAGCCCAGGGGUUAGCGGAUGAUCUAAACAUUCCGUAUUUCGAAACAUCUGCUUUGGUUGUAUUCGCUAGCGUUAGUAACAAAAAACUGACAGACGUAAACUGUUUUUCACCUCAUUCUAUGAUAUAUAUUACUACUUGGGAUGCAUAUAAAGAGAUAUUCGAUUUUACGAACCAAAUGUAUCAAGCAUUUUUUUGGUGUUUUGCCUGAAAGUCAGCAUCAAGGUACAGAUUUUAGUAAUGGAGUUUGGAGAGCGAUUGACUUGUCCCAAAAUAUUUUGUGUCCGUUCUAAUGAUUAAAGUGACUUUUGUGGUGCCUUACAGAUAUUGACAAAUCUCUUAAUAUUGUAAGUAAAUUGGAUGAUUUACACAAAGUUUAAAUUGUGUACAUAACUAACACAUUUCUGAAACAUUUGGAUCAAUUUUUGCAAUUAUGAAUUUUGGAGUCUAAAAUCCAGUAAAAGAAUAUUGUUUCAAUUAUUGUUUUCUAACCUUGGUAACAAUAACAGUAAUAAUUAUGGUGAUGUUUCAUUUUUUAUUAUGACAAGACUUCAUCUCAAGUUCACUAAUUUACUGUUAAGUAUAGGUAAAAUUAUUUUUCCUAAAGCACUGAGUAAUCGCAAACCUAUUUUUGGGGUAAGAACAACACUGGAGACAUUUUAAUAAGCCGCGUAUGACUCAUUUUAUUUAACACUUAAGUUUAUAGGAGACGAACAUAUAAUUUCAUUGGCAUUCAGUAACAUUUGGAUUUGGUGAUUUUUUAGGGAAUUUUGUAUAUAUACCUAUAAGACAAUUUAAGGUCUUAUUUAGGGGUCAAUAAUUAUUUUUUUGUUGGUAGAAAUAAGUACGCAAACGUAUGUCAUGAAAUUUUAUUUUAAAAUAUUUAGGAUGCACUAACCUUACCUCCUUAAAGAUAUUUCUUGUGUCUAACAAUACAAUUGUCCCAUUUCUAUCUUGAAUGUCCAAAAUAUUUAUAAAAUUCCCCAUAAAUCAAACUCUUGCGCUGCCCAUAAUCUGUUUUUACACAAUCCUAAUAGCUCCAAAUUUUUUCUAGAAUCGAGUUCAUACUUGGAUUAUCCGAAAUUUUACAAGCAAUCAUCCGAAUAAUGAACUAGUGAUCCAAAAGCACAAGAAACUCCAGAUAUUCGAUAUUUACCUUAACGUAAUGAGUCGAUGAUUGUCUUGAUGUAGAAGCAAUUUUGCAGCCUUCACGGCUUGCAAUAGAAUGUUUGAUUCUUUUAGAAUGAGUUACUAACUUCAACAUUUCUUCAAGUUUCACCGUAAACCAUCAUAAAUCUCUUCGCGCGUUUGUUAAACACAUUAUAUUUUGUGAUAAUUGUUUUAAAACUUUCAGAAGGAAGCAGUUGGUAUUGACGUCCCUUUUCUACAUCUCAUUAAGGAAUAUUAUGAACUGUACAAUGAUGCAGUCAAUGACUAUCAAACUUUAGUAUAAUUACUAUAUAUAUCUUCCAUUGAUGUAA